AUGGAGGAUACGGCAAAUAUUUUACCGAUAAUAUUAAAAGCCAAACCAAGAAAAGGCGCAUACUCACCUGUGAUGAAGCUGGAACGGAAAUCUGAUAAUCAAAGAAUUAUUGAUAUGAAGCAAAACACGGAGGUCGUCGAUAAGAGAACAUACAGGAUUAAGAAAGUUCAGCAGUUUUAUAGUGAAGACGAUUGCAAUCCAGUAUGGUUAAAAAUGGGCGCUAGAGAUAAACUGUUUUACUAUGGUACUGUCUUGUUGAUGGCAUAUGGUUUGGGGGAUUCAGUUUACGUGCUGUACUUGCUUGCAUUACCAAAAUAA